GCAAAACGCUAAGACCGGCAGAGGCAGCACUCCAACUUUAAGAAAACAUGACGAAAAGCAAAGUGUGUCUGGCAACUCUAUGCUCCCUCUUCAUCCUCACCACCUUUAUCGGCAGCACGCAGUCAGUAAGCUGCUGCCUGAGGUAUACCAGUCGUCGGUUUCCAUGCCAGCGACUGCUUGGCUAUACCAUCCAGAACAUCAACACUUCCUGUGACAUCGAAGCUGUUAUAUUCCACCUCCCAGGGAGGUUUAUGUGUGUGGACCCGUCAAACCACUCGACUCGGAGAGGCGUGAAGUGUGUGGAUGAACGGAAGAGGAAGAGCGGUCUACUCGUCGCAAAGAGAAGCGCAGGCAGCACCAAAUCAUCAUAAGCUCCAGCAUAUGGCCCAAGAACCCUGAUAGGGACUAUUGUGUGAUUUCUUUUGUGAAAUUAUUAUAUUAUAUCUUAUUUAAUUUGUUCUGUUUUAUAAACAGGGAAGUGUUUUUAAGAAUAAACACUAUUAUUAUUAUUAUUAUUAUUAUUAUUAUUAUUAUUAUUAUAUUAUUAUUAUUAUUAUUAUUAUUAUUAUUAUUACGUAGCA